UUUAGUCCUGUUUUGAAUGAAUUGGUGUUUUCCACCUGCUUGUUUUCCUCUUCCUGAAAACAGAAGACUGUACAAUGGAGCCAAUGUUGGAUCUUUUGACAACGUCACAUGACGUGUUUAAAUGUGAGCUUCAUCCAACAGAGACAAACAGCUGAAAUCAAACGUCAGUUUCAUCCAACAGAGCAAAGAUGCAGUGGAGUCUGCUCCUUGUGAUGGGUCAGUGUUACUUCAUCUCAUGUCAACUCUACCAGUACCACUAUGUUGAAGAUACAAAGAACUGGACAGAAGCUCAGGAGUACUGCAGAAAAAAAUACACUGAUCUGGCCACAGUGUCUAACAUGACAGACAUGAAGAGACUCAUUAAAGAAUCUACAGGGAAUCAGACUGAAGCCUGGAUUGGACUGAACAACAGAGCAGAUGUCAACCGGACAUGGCACUGGUCUCUACCUGGAGUGGAGUAUAAAGAUAAUGGAACAAAAUGGGCUGAUGAAAGUGGAUCCACAAAGAUCCAUUUGAAUAAUGAAACGAAGAAGAACUGGAUUGAUGCUCAGAAAUACUGCAGAGAUCAUAACACAGACCUGGUCAGUGGAUACAACCAGUUAGAUGAAGGACAUGAAGUAGAACUCGGUUAUAAGAUACCCUAUUGGAUCGGCCUGUUCAGAGACACCUGGAGGUGGUCAGAUGGAAGCAGUUCCUCUUUCAGACACUGGAAUCAGACUCUGUCAUCAGGAGACAAAUGUGCAGUGACCAUGUUGAAUGAAAGAGGAAGGUGGAAGAACGCUGACUGUGAGGACCAAAAACCUUUCUUCUGUUAUGAUGAUAACGUGAUCCUGAUCAAAGAAAAUAAGACCUGGGAGGAAGCCUUGUAUUACUGCAGAGACAACUACAAUGACCUGGUCUCCAUCACUAACCUUGAUGAACAGAGAUGGGUUCAAGAGAGAGCCAAGAACGCCUCAACUCCUUUUGUCUGGCUGGGACUGCGUUACUCCUGCUUUCUGGAUUUCUGGUUCUGGGUCAGUGAUGAGGUAGUCAGCUAUAAGAACUGGGCCUCAGAUGGAAAGAAUGACGACUGUGACAUGUCUGGAGCCAUGGACACAGGAGGAGAACAUCAGUGGGUCAAAAUAAUCGAUAACAAGAAGUUUAAUUUCAUCUGUUCUAAGUCUUAAACUCACUGAUAACUGUCUUUUUAUUCAUAUACUCUGAAUGUUGGUUGUGUAUUAAACUUAUUCUUUCCAUCUGUCUUGAAUGGUGAACUGGGAAAUGUAGGAAUCCCAACGUGAAAUGUGUAAAAGCUGUCUUCAGAUUGUGAGAGGAAGAAGCUCCACUAUAGUCAGUUGUAAAGUAGUGCAGCUUUACUGUGGAUGUUUAAAGUGGAAUAAGUGGAUAAUGUGAUGUGAUGAUGUUAACACAAUUGUCAUGUAACUGGUGCAGAAACACCUCAAAGACUCCAGGUGUCAAAUAACCAGCACCAUUUGUAUCUCAAGUGUGAAGUUUCUCCUUCUUUCUCACUUUCUCUCCUUUCUAACGUGUAGACUUCUCUCACAACACUGAGCUCAUUUGCUUUCAAGAGAAAACAGGGAGACUAUGUUAUGUUGAAUCUUUUGCUGAUAUUAUAUUCUAUAAAAUGACAUGUAUGUUAUGGUCAAUUCCUGGGGCUUGCUUUAAAUGGAUAGUUGAAUUCUCUGUUGGCGUGUAAUGUUCAUUUACUUCAGUUUGUUCAUCUACAUCUUAUCUACCAUUGAAUAUAUAGACACAAGUUUAGAAGAUGAACCAUUUACCCAAUGUAUGUAAUCACA